GGUGUUUCCUGUGUCAUGUCAGCCUGCUGCUCAAACCGCAUGGCUAAAAACUCACAUUACCACAUUUAAAUAUAUAUAUAUAUGUUCCAGUGUGGCGGGUUCAGUGAUUAAGUGUGACUGACAGAAGACAUCAAAAGAUGGCUGAAGUUGAACAAGAGAAAAGUCGUGGCCUGAAGUUUGCCGAGCAGCAGCUCCUGCGUCACGGCUGGGAACAGGGUAAAGGACUGGGGCGAGCUGAGAACGGCAUAUCAGAAGCUAUCAAAGUCAAAGUGAAAUGUGACAAAGGAGGGGUUGGCCAUAAGGAAGGAGAUCAGUUCACCUUCCACUGGUGGGAUCAUGUUUUUAAUAAGGCCUCCUCCAGUCUGCAGGUGGAGUCUGAUCAGAACGGUAUUAUGCUGAAGAAGACGGUGGAGGAAGAAGAAGCAGAUGGGAUGAUCUCCAAUAAAAGACCACGGAAGGCCGCGCUGGCUAGAGACAAACUUUAUGGAUGCUUUGUCAAGUCGGCCACACUGCUGUCUGGUCAGGAGCAGCCGGAGCCCAAGUCCUCCAGCUCUGACGACAGCAGCAGCUCAGAUGAAGAGGAAGACCAGAAACUGGAUCUCUCCAGCACCACCAACCUCUCUGAUGCCGAUCUAAUGAAGGCUUGUGGAGGAAGAACGGCUCACAAAGGAGCGAGGCACGGCUUGACCAUGAGCGCUAAGUUAGCCAGGCUGGAGCAGCAGGAGGCUGAGUUCAUGGCUAAGUACGGCAAGAAGAGCCAAGCAGCAAGUGCUUCACCAGUGUGUGUUACACCAUCACCCCAGUCAGUGGAGGGGCAGGAGGAUACGGCUGAAAAGAGUAAAAAGAUAAAGAAGAAGAAAUCUGCUGUGAGCAUUGAUGAGUUAAAUGGGGAUGCAGUGUGUGAAAGCCCUGAAACAGAUGUUAAGCCCAAAAAGAAGAAGAAGAAAAGGAAAGCCAGUGAGGACACGGAGGAAACAACUGACUCGGUUCCUGCUGAGGAUGAAGUGAUCUGUGUAGAAAACAGUGAAGAGAAAACAAAGAGAAAACAUAAAAAGAAGAAAAACAAUGCAGAGCAGAGCGAAGAAGAGAGAGCACCUUCACCAAGUAGCGCCGCUGAGCUUCACACCAAUGCUGAGGUGAAGAAGAAGAAGAAGAAGAAAAAGAAAUCCUCAGAGCAUCACGGUGAGGAAAAGGAGAGCGAUGACACAGAAUCCAGCCCAUCGGAGCCGGUGCAGGACUGCGUUUCAAAAAGUAAAAAGCAAAAAUCCACAGUUGCUUUAGAGGAAACAGAAGUUAUGGAGGAAGAACUUCCAGUAAAGCAGAAAAGGAAAAAGUGUAAAAAGGACAAAGAGUUAAUGAGUGACGAUAUCAACGAGGAGUCACUUCCUCCAAAGAAAAAGAAGAAGAAAAAGUCCCAUGAGUAGAUUUUGAUAAGAAACGUGCUUUGAACAUUGAUAAGUAGAUUUAUCUUUGCUGAUGGUGGAAGUUGAAUCAGCUGUGGUACAAAUGUGCCAGACAUGGACUGUGUGGAGACUCUGCUCUGUAAAUGAGUUUAGAUGUUUUCUAUUGAUUGUAAAAUACUUUAAAGUCAGUAAUUAAGACCAGUAACCCAAUAAUGACAUCCAGCAGUUGUGCCUCUUCUGCCUUUUAAACAUUUUCAUAUUGUAUGGAACAAAUAACCUGACU